AUGUUAGAAUCUGACAGCAGGAAUGGCCUAGACAAUAUGCAGCAUGUAUGUUUGACACUCCCGUCUCCUUCGCGCUCUCCCUCCCGAUGCCUGAACCCCCGUCCCUACCGUCGCCUUCGUGCUCUCUCUCCCGUCGCUUGUGCGCUCCUCCUCCCCUCGCCUUCGUGCUCUCUCUCCCGUCGCCUUCGUGCUCUCCCUCCCGUCGGCUUCGCGCCCUCCCUCCCGUCUCCUUCGCGCUCUCCCUCCCGUUGCCUGUCCGCCCUCCCUCCCGUCUCCUUCGCGCUCUCCCUCUCGUUGCCUGUCCGCCCUCCCUCCCUUCGCCUUCGCGCUCUCUCUCCCGUCGCCUGUCCGCUCCCCCUCCCCUCGCCUUCGCGCUCUCCCUCCCGUCGGCACCCUCCCUCCCGUCUCCUUCGCGCUCUCCCUCCCGUUGCCUGUCCGCCCUCCCUACCUUCGCGCUCUCUCUCCCGUCGCCUGUCCGCUCUCCCUCCCAUCGCCUUAUCGCUCUCCCUCUCGUCGCCUUUCUCCUUCCCCACUUCAUCUCCUAUCGCUCACGUCCUCCCCUCCCAUCGGCAUCGCGCUCACGUUCCGCCCUCCCGUCACCAUCGCGCUCACGUGCACCUGUCUUCGCAUCGCCUUCGCGCUCAUGGCCUCCCCUCCGAUCACGUCUCGCGACAUAAGAGGCUACAUCUCUCGCAUACUGGCCAUGCUGAUCGGUUCCGUGCGAUCCCACUAGCGGCCAAGUCUCAGCAACAGGAGGACAUCAUGACGGCAGACGCGAAAGUCGUCGUGGGGUCGUUCGUGUGGGUGGAGGACCCGGACCAAGCAUGGGUGGAGGGGGAGGUGGUGAAGGUGGAGAAGAAGAAAGUAACGGUCAAAGUCGGGGAUAAGGAGACGGUGUACCGGCUGAAGCACAUCCACCCGAAGGAUCCAGACGCGCCGAGCGGCGGUGUGGACGACAUGACGAAGCUUGCGUACCUCCACGAGCCCGGCGUGCUGCACAACCUCGCCGUGCGAUACUCGCUCGACGAAAUCUACACAUACACGGGCAGCAUCCUCAUCGCAGUGAAUCCCUUCCAGAGGCUGCCCCACCUGUACGAUGUGCACAUGAUGGAGCAGUACCGGGGCUCCCGCCUGGGCGAGCUGAGCCCCCACGUGUUCGCCAUCGCAGAAACCUCCUUCAGGGCGAUGGUGGACUACAAGCUGAGCCAGUCGAUCCUUGUGAGCGGGGAGAGCGGUGCGGGCAAGACAGAGACCACGAAGCUGCUCAUGCAAUACCUGGCGUACAUGGGAGGACGGGCCACAGAGGGCCGAUCCGUGGAGGCUCAAGUGCUGGAGUCAAAUCCGCUGCUUGAAGCGUUUGGGAAUGCGAAGACUGUCAGAAACAACAACUCCAGCCGUUUUGGCAAGUUUGUCGAGAUCCAGUUUGAUGAAUCUGGACGCAUCUCGGGAGCAGCUGUGCGCACGUACCUGCUGGAGAGGUCCCGGGUGGUGCAGAUCUCAGACCCUGAGCGCAACUACCACUGCUUCUAUCAGCUCUGCUCGGGUGCUUCCCCUGAGGAGGUGGAGAGGCUGAAGCUGGCGCCAGCAGAGACGUUCCACUACCUCAACCAGAGCAACUGCUUCGAGCUGCCUGGCAAGGAGACGAACGCGGAUGAGUACAUCAAGACGAGGCGAGCCAUGGACGUGGUUGGGCUGAGUCCUGAGGAACAGGACUCGAUAUUCCAGGUGGUGGCGGCAAUCCUGCAUCUGGGCAACAUCACGUUUGCACCUGGCAAGCAGCCCGACUCGUCCAAGGUGUCAGGAGACAAGUCCAAGUACCACCUGGAGGCCGCUGCCUCCCUGCUCAGGGUGGACAAGAAGCAGCUAAGGGAGUCGCUCAUCUCGCGCACGCUGGUGACGCGGGACGGCAACAUCAAGAAGGAGCUGGACCCAACCGCAGCGGUGAUCAGCCGAGACACCCUCGCCAAGACCAUCUAUGCGCGCCUCUUUGACUGGCUGGUGGACAAGGUAAACAAGUCCAUAGGGCAGGACCCCAACGCCAAGACCAUCAUCGGCGUGCUUGAUAUUUAUGGCUUCGAGACCUUCCAGUGCAACAGCUUUGAGCAGUUCUGCAUCAACCUCGCCAACGAGAAGCUCCAGCAGCACUUCAACCACCACGUAUUCAAGGCGGAGCAAGAGGAGUACGAGAAGGAGGAGAUCAACUGGAGCUACAUUGAGUUUGUGGACAACCAGGACGUGCUGGAGCUCAUAGAGAAGAAGCCAAUGGGGAUCAUCUCACUUCUUGACGAGCAAUGCAUGUUCCCCAAGUCGAACCACGAGACGUUUGCCACGAAGCUGUACCAGACGGUGGGGACACAUCCGCGCUUUGAGAAGCCCAAGCUGUCGCAGACCGACUUCACCAUCGACCACUAUGCUGGCAAGGUCACGUAUCAAACGGACCUGUUUCUUGAAAAGAACAAGGACUACGUGGUGAUGGAGCACCAGACGGUGCUGUCCGAGUCCAAGGACCCAUUCGUUGCUGGCCUCUUCCCCGUCCCCGCGGGCGACAAGGCCAAGACCAAGUUCACCUCGCUGGGCUCCAGCUUCAAGCAACAACUGGCAGAGCUCAUGGCCACUCUGAACCAGACCCAACCGAACUACAUCCGUUGUGUGAAGCCCAACGGCAAGUACCAGCCGCAGCUGUUUGAGAACGUCAACGUGAUUCACCAGCUCAGAUGCGGGGGUGUGCUGGAGGCCAUUCGCAUCAGCUGUGCAGGGUAUCCCACACGUCGCACCUUUGACGAGUUCCUUGACCGCUUCUCCUUCCUGGACCCUGAGGCGUGUGAUGGCAGUCAGGAUGACAAGACGGCAAUCACUACUCUUUUGGACAAGCUUGGCUUCUCCAACUACCAGGUGGGCAAGACGCAGGUGUUUCUGAGGGCAGGGCAGAUGGCGGAUCUGGAUGCGAUGAGGGCGGAGAAGCUGGGGGAGGCCGCCAAGGUCAUUCAGAGGGCGUUCAAGGCGUGGAUGCAGAGGCGCGUGUUCCAACGUUUACGGGCGGGGGUGCUGCGAGUGCAGGCACUGUGGCGAGGUCACAAGGCCCGCUUGCAAUACGAGAGCAUCAGGAGAAACGCGGCAGCAGUGCGCGUGCAGAAGCACGUGCGGCGGUUCGUGGCUCAGAGGAAGUACCGGCGGGCACGGCAGGCAGCAGUGGUGCUGCAGGCAGGAGCGAGAGGCAUGGCUGCUCGCAAGGAGGCAAGGCAGAGACGGGAGAACAGGGCUGCUGUCAAGAUUCAGAGCAAGUGGAGAGGGCACGUGCAGCAGCAGGAGUAUGGGAGGAAGAAAAAGAGCGCUCUGGUCCUGCAGUCAGCAUGGAGGGGCAGGGCUGCUCGCCUCGAGCUCAAGAAGCUCAAGCACGACGCCAAGCAAACAGGGGCACUGCAAGAGGCAAAGACGAAGCUGGAGAAGCAGUGCGAGGAGCUCACAUGGCGGCUGCAGCUGGAGAAACGAAUGCGCCUGGACGUGGAAGAAGCAAAGACAGCAGAGAUCCAGAAGCUACAGCAGGAGCUGGAGGGAGCAAUGAAGAAGGUCGACGAGGCACACGCAGAAACCCUAGCAGCCAAAGCGGAAAUCCAAGCAGCCAAGGCAGAGACCGAGAGGCUCUCUCUCGAACUGGCAACAGCAGCACAGACAGCACAAAUCGCAUCCCAGUCCCUCGACUCUGCUAGCAUCGCGGCUUUGAAUGCGGUACAGUCAGAUGGAGGGGGGUUUGCAGCGGCGAGCAGCAGGGAGCUGGCGCUGGAGAAUGUGAGGCUGAAAGCGCUGCUGGCGGAGAGUGACGAGCGGCUGGCGCAGGUGGAGGCGGAGGUGAGGGAGGAGAUGGGGAAGAGGGAGCGCCUGCUGGAGGAGACGCAGGAGGAGCUGCGGAAGGUGCAGGAGCUGUGCGCGCGACUGGAAGAGCAGGUGAAGAACGCGGAGCAGGAGAACCAGGUGCUGCGUCAGCAGGCCCUGUCAGCAGCCAUGCCAGCCAAGCCCGGGCUGCCUCGUGGCCCCCUGCCUGCCUCGCUUUACACACGUCAGCAGCUGGAGGGCGGCCUGCCAUCACCCACCACCCCGCGCUCUCAGAUGCUGCACCCACCAGAGUCCCCUCAGGGCACCCCUGCCACGCCCAGUGAGGUGGAGAGCAAGCGGCUGAAGCAUCUGAAUGACCGGCAAACUCAAGACCAGGAGGCGCUGCUGAAGGUGAUAGCGAGCGAGGUGGGGUUUGACAGCAGCCGGCCGGUGGUGGCGUGUGUGACGUACAAGGCGCUGCUGCACUGGCGGUCGUUUGAGGCGGAGCGCACGAGCGUGUUUGACCGCAUCAUCCAGACCAUUGGCGGGGCCAUCGAGAACCAGCACAGCAACGAGAAGCUGGCGUACUGGCUGGCCAACACGAGCUGCCUGCUGUUCCUGCUGCAGCGCACGCUCAAGGCGAGCGGGGCGCCGGGGUCGCAGGCACAGAGGAGGCGAGGCGGGGUGCAGCAGACCACCCUGUUCGGCCGCAUGACCCAGAGUUUCCGAGGGUCGCCCACGACGCCCACGGGGGUGGUGGGGGCGAGCGGGGGCCUGGAGCACAUUCCUCAGGUGGAGGCCAAGUACCCGGCGCUGCUGUUCAAGCAGCAGCUGACGGCCUACGUGGAGAAAAUUUACGGGAUGAUCCGAGACAACCUCAAGAAGGAGAUUUCACCCACCCUGGCCCAGUGCAUCCAGGCGCCGCGCAUUUCCCGGGCGGCGUACGGGCGGCACUCGUCGCACCGGGGGGCACCAGUGGCCACAGCCACGCACGCACUGAGCUCGCACUGGGGCAGCAUCAUCGCCACGCUCACCACGUUGCUCACGACGCUCAAAGCGAGUCACGUGCCGUCCUUCCUCGUGCGGAAGUUGGUCACUCAGAUCUUCUCCUUCAUCAACGUGCAACUCUUCAACAGUCUGCUGCUGCGUCGGGAGUGCUGCUCCUUCAGCAACGGCGAGUACGUGAAGGCUGGGCUGGGCGAGUUGGACCAUUGGCUCCACGAGGCGACCCAUGAGUACACCGGAAAUGCGUGGGAAGAGCUCAAGUAUAUCCGCCAAGCUGUUGGCUUCCUGGUGAUUCACCAGAAGCCCAAGAAGAGCAUGCAGGAAAUCACAUCAGACCUCUGCCCGGCGCUGAGCAUCCAGCAGCUGUACCGCAUCAGCACCAUGUACUGGGAUGACAAGUACGGCACUCACACCGUGUCCUCCGAGGUUAUUUCGGAGAUGCGGCGGCGCAUGAGUGACGAGAACAGUGCUUCAGUCAGCAACUCGUUCCUUCUGGAUGAUGACUCCAGCAUCCCAUUCUCUGUGGAGGACAUAUCAAAGAGCACCCACGAGAUUGACCUGCGGUCGCUGCAGCUGCCACCAGCCAUUCGAGACAACAGCACCUUCCACUUCCUCCUCACUCAGUAG